GAGGAGGAGGAAGAAGACACAGCAGAGACCAAGUAAGUCUGAAAUCUAACCAGUGACAACCUGUCACUAACCCUAAACCCUGACACUGCUACUGUUCCACUUAUACUUGUAACCUGUGACCUUUGACCGUUGUCAGUGUCGUAGUCCCCUGUAGCUGAAUCUGCAAUCUCCCUCCUCUCCUCCUAUUUUCUCCUUCCCAUCUCCACUUGUCCUCUUUCCAUUCCUUCCCUGUAUCUCUGUCCCAUCUAUGUAACAUACUGCCCUGAGCUACCUUGCCCUGCCAUGGCUGAUGUUGCUGACUGACAGUAAGUUUACAUCCAAAAUGAUAAACAGGCCAGUGGCGGCGGCUCCCAUCCAGAGGAGCUCCAGUGUGGGAGGAGAGAUGUGCUCUCUGAACAGGAAUGAUGACGAUGAUGACGACAAGAAGAGGCGCUCAAGCUUCGGUGCUAAAAUAAUGGGGAUGGUCGGCCUCGGGAAGAAAAGCCAGAGCGCCACGCAGAUCAAUGAUGAGGAGGAGGAAGGGAAGAAGAAGAUAAUUCGUCUGCCAGUCCAGAGGAGUGUUGAGACGGGAUUGGCCAUCGAGUUCAAGAGCAGAUUGACACGGCAGGUCAGCCGAGAGUCUUCCGACCCUGACGCAGAGGCCAAGCCGGGAAAUCUUAUCUUCCCCGGUGUCCGUAUCACAUCUGACAUCCACUUCACUGAGUUCCUGGAAGGGUUGGGCCCCGCACAGCUAGCCGGUAGACAGACACUUGCCACGCCACCAAUGGGUGACAUCCAGAUAGGGAUGGUGUACAGGAAAGAACGUCUGGACGUGGAGGUCAUCAGGGCCAGAGGACUUGUGGGUAAACAAGGCAACAAGCAGCUGCCAGCCCCCUAUGUGAAAGUAUAUCUGAUGGACAACGGGAAAUGCAUAGUCAAAAAGAAAACCAGACUGGCUAAAAAAACAUUGGAUCCCCUCUACCAACAACAACUUCAGUUUGAGGAGAGUCCAGAGGGGAAGGUUUUACAGAUAAUCGUGUGGGGGGACUAUGGACGCAUGGACCACAAAUCCUUUAUGGGAGCUGCUCAGAUACUUUUGGAUGAUUUAGAUUUAUCCAACAUGGUGAUUGGUUGGUUCAAACUGUUCCCCCCCACCUCAUUGGUGGAUCCAACUUUGGCACCUUUAACUAGCAAAGCAGCAGUAGCAGAACAAGCUGCAAAUGCAGCAAAAUUAAAGGACAGCUAGCAUUGUCAUAGAAAUAAGCAACAGGAGGUAAGUCUGCCAGGCCACACCCUCUUGGGCCAAGCCCUGGUUACCCUGGUAACACUGCAUGCUUGAUGUUCUGAGCCCAUGAAGAGGGGGGGUAGAGUCUGGAGCAGGCCAUCUGAUCUUACUGCAACAAGGUGCCCCCUGCGGGUGGAACUGUCUUACUGCAACAUGGGUCAGGAAACCCUAACGCCAACCCCCCCGGGUCUACACCCCUCCUAGGGAGGACCAGACAGGCACAUGAACCUGUGGCAAGAAAAGGAAAGAAGAAGUGGAAUGAAUUCAGUGGUACUAGAUUUCAGUCUGUUAAAUCCAUGAGGAAAUAGAAUAACUAAUUCAUGAGUUGGAUUAGGGUUAGUUGUACAGUUUGUCAUGACGUGGCCCUUUCUGGGUGUAGAUUGUGGCUUCCCCCUCUCUCACUGUCUCCUACACCCAGGUUCUGUUAUCUCAGGUCGUAAAUUCCUGGCGGAGGCUCUCUUCCCUUUUCAUACAGAGAGAGACCACAGAGUGAACAAUGGAUUUCACGUGGCCGAACUCGUAAAUCCCCAAAAUGGAGAAAAUGAAACUAUAUGUCCUCUUGUGAGAAUGUGGGAAGGGUCUGUGGACACUUAAGGGACAGUUAUGUUGAGUGUGUUUCAUUUGGUGACCUCACGAAGGACAGGAAACACACAUAACUAUAUCUCUGAAUGUGUACAUUUCUCAAGUUUGUUGUUUGCAUCUAAUUCUUGUAUGAAAUGAAUGAGUAAGGAUGAAACUCUUUGUGAAAUUAAUUUUAAAGUUUAACUAAGUCAUUGGCCCGCCCCCGUGAGCACAGACAUGAUCUGGCGUCAUGGAACCGCCUUUUCUAUUGUUACGAAUAAACCCCCUUCUGAGGAAAUCCGCUUCAGACUAAGCAAACCCACAACGUGAGCUGUAAUUGCGAAUAGUUAAUACCAUGCAUACCUCGGUGUAAGCUGUGUAGCACAGGCUUGAGUACCAAGACAAGAAAACCAUACCACGUGGAGCAUUGGCUACACGGCUGGAAAUGGUUAAACUCUGAGAUUAUCGAUCCCCACAGAAUAAAAUAGAUAGAUACUAGUUACUAGUCUGUAGUUAGGAAUUAUGUAAACCUGGGACGAGAAUACCGAAAACUUCCGAAACAUCUAUGAGAACAUUUCUGAAUGGUACUCUGAAGUAUCCAUUCUAACCAUGAAAGACUGAUCUUCAGGGAAACAGAAAGAGAGAGAGAGACUCGGAUGAACUUUCCAGCAGACAGACCGGAUUCCAACAGAGAAGACAAAAGACACAUCAUAAAUAUGUACUUGCAAUUAUUAUCGACUGAGCGGGUGUUCAUGUGCGAAGGAUGAGCAUUUCAAUAUAUAAAAUUAUAGACUGUAAUGAAUCCAUUUUGUCUUACCCUUUGUCCACCAAGCUGUCAUAUCGGCUUAGCCCACUAGGGAAUCUUCCCUAUCAUUGUUAGUAACCAAUAUCUACUGUUUGUUUAUUUAUGCAUUUCUGUCAUUAUUUAGUUAGUAAAUAAAUUA